AUGUACGGCGGUACGGGAAAUCCGGCAUCACAAUAUGUUAAUCCAGCAUCAAUGUACGGCGGUAUGGGAAAUCCGGCAUCACAAUAUGUUAAUCCAGCUUCAAUGUACGGCGGUAUGGGAAAUCCAUCAUCUGGCAUUGGAGGAAGCGGUGCUGGAUUUAUGCCACAAAAUAACAUCCCACAAACAGGGGCUAAUGGCUUUCCACUACAGUAUUCCAAUCAAAUGGGAUCAUUUCCUGGCGGUGGUAGCGCAAUGAGUGGAAUUGAUCCGUCCUUACUACAGCAAGCCUGUGCUGCCGGAGAGCAGCAAUACUGCUCAACACAAUCAUCGGCAGGUUGUACUGACAUGCAGUUUAAAUAUACAUGUCCAAAAACAUGUGGACUUUGCAAUGGCUAGAGUGAAAUUUACGAAACAAAUUUUAAUAAAUUUAAAAGGGUGUCAUACUUUGUGUGAU